AGAGCACCUGCAUCCGGAUCAACAUUCCAACAUGGCAAGCCGAAAAGGUUCACAUCAGAGCCGGGGAAAUGGUGAUAAAUAUUCGGUGUUGUUGCCAACUUACAAUGAACGUGAGAAUCUACCUCUUAUUGUGUGGCUACUGGUGAAAUACUUCGGUGAAAGUGGAUAUAACUAUGAGAUUAUUGUAAUUGAUGAUGGAAGUCCGGACGGGACACUUGAGGUGGCAGAACAACUGCAGAAGAUAUACGGAGAAGACAAGAUACUCCUUCGACCAAGAGCAAGGAAACUAGGGUUAGGUACUGCCUACAUCCAUGGCAUUAAACAUGCUACAGGGAACUAUGUUUUCAUAAUGGACGCAGACCUCUCCCAUCAUCCUAAAUUUAUUCCAGAAUUCAUAGAGAAACAGAGAGAAGGCGGGUAUGAUCUGGUGUCAGGCACCCGGUACAGAGGAGACGGUGGCGUAUACGGUUGGGACCUGCGCAGGAAGCUCAUCAGUCGGGGAGCUAACUAUGUCACACAGGUGCUGCUGAGACCUGGGGCAUCAGACCUGACUGGCAGCUUCAGGCUCUACAAGAAGGAAGUACUGGAGAGUCUGGUGGAGCGGUGUGUGUCCAAAGGCUACGUCUUUCAGAUGGAGAUGAUUGUCCGUGCUAGACAGGGGAACUACACUAUUGGAGAGGUUCCAAUUUCGUUUGUGGAUCGUGUUUAUGGGGAGUCAAAACUGGGAGGAAAUGAAAUAGUAUCGUUCCUGAAAGGACUGKUUACUCUCUUUGCGACAACGUGAUUUAUGAUGCUCUAGGUUUGGACUCAGCAGCACUGCUUAUAUGAUGUUUUUUUUUUGGUCAUUUAGUCAGGGCGUUUAGUGCAGUAAUUAGCCAACAUCAAAAUAAGAGUAUGGAAAAUGACAGACUAUGCCCUUUUUUUAUGAAUCGUUGAUUAUUGACAAGAAAAGCACAGAUGGUAAUUAAUUAGAAGAAUUAAUCUCCUCUCCCUCUAGUCUAGAUGUAUCUCCAAACCAGUCGAGGCUGCUGAGGGGAGGAUGGCUUAUAAUAAUGGCUGGAACGGAGCAAAUGGAAUGGCAUCCAAACCAUGUGUUUUYAUGUAUUUAAUACCAUUCCACCUAUUACGCUCCAGAGAUUACCACGAGCCCGUCCUCCCUGGUUWAGGUGCCACCGACCUCCUGUGCUCUAAACAGACAGGUUUUGAAGCAUAAUUCCAGGUCACAAGAUCCUUAUGUAUACUUAUAGAUGGAUGAACUUUUUCAAAUUUUUCAAAGAUUUGUAUUCACCCUAAACUGAGAGACCUGUGAUUGUUGUAAAAAAAAAAAUCUAUGCUAAUAAAUUGUUUACCUUAUUUCCUAUUA